UGUAGGCCGGUCCAUCACGAAUAGAAGAGAUGCAUGCAUGCACCGCCCACUCACAUACUCACGAAUACAUGAUCGCUUCCAAGGGUUGGCGUGUGCCACACGCGCUCUACUUGCACAGCAGCGAUCACACGGAUCCCACUCACAAGCACACGCUCGAUCACUGUAGUGGUCCAGACGCACCCUUGCUAGCCUUCAUCCACUUUUGCAUCUCGUUUCAUCCACUCGGCCCUGCGCUGCGGCCCCAUCGGUCGCCGUCGUUCGACAAGAAGAACCAGUCGGACCGCGCAUCGCGUCAUGUCGGUCCCCGCACCAGAGACGGACUCCAAGCUGCUCGAGGGUCAGGUAGCCGGACACGGAGGAGUGCAGCUCUCUCCAGAUGGCAGCACGGUCAUCAAGCCCAGCGUCGCAUCCGAGCUGCACUUCUACACGCAACUCCAGGCCGCAUCGCAAGGCACCGGCGCCUAUUCGUCCGCAUCGCAACUGCGAGACGACCUCGCGCGCUUGAGCGCAUGGACACCCGCUUUUCGUGGCGAGGUGCUCGACGAAUCGCGCGAUUCGACGCAACAAGAAGCGACAAAGCAAAAAGCGCUGAUUCAGCUGGAAAAUCUGACGCACGGAUUUGCCAAACCUUGCGUGCUGGAUGUAAAGUUGGGCACUCAGUUGUGGGACGAGUCGGAUGCGAGCGAGGAAAAGAGGGCUCGCAUGAACAAGACUGCUCUGGAGACGACGAGCGCAGAGACUGGCAUUCGAUUUACAGGCUGUAGGAUAUGGGACUCGUCCGCUUCCGCCUGGUUCGAGCUUCCCAAAGCCUUUGGCAAGUCCAUCGACGCAUCCCUCCUUCCCCUCGGCUUCUCCUCCUACUUUUCCGACCCGCUAGACUCGGACGAAGCUCGUCUGUCUCAAGUCGCUUCGCGGGCCGGCUUCAAGCUGCCCGAAGGAGGUCAUCUACCUCGACUCCCUCCCAAAAUCGUCGCCUAUCUGCUCCAACACAGUCUGGCCGCUUUGAACGAGUUUCGGGCGCUUUUUGCGAAUAUCGAGCUGAGGAUGAGGGGAGGUAGCCUGCUAUUCAUAUAUGAAGGGCAUCUGCCAAGCUUGGAGACCGCAAUCGAAGCGCACGACACGGGCUCAAAGGUGCUCUCCGUGAAGCUGAUCGACUUUGCGCACACUAGAUUGACUCCAGGCGAAGGUCCUGACCUUGGCGUUCUCAGGGGCGUGGACACGACCAUAGCCAUUAUCGAUCGCCUUCUCAAGGAUGUCAAAGCGGGCAGGGCAACUCAAGAUCACGCAUGACAUUGCGCCGAGUCACGAGUGUGCCACCAGUGGAAGCUCGAACAGGCUGCAUCAUGCUGCGACGCUUCGGCGCGCAGCACAUGGGAUGGGAUCAAAUGUAUGGCUUGGAAGGCAGACUUCAUCGGAGGUCGCGGAAAUGCAGUGUAUACAUACUUGUUGUUGUGGAAUACGAAUUCGAAAUAUUCGCGUC